AAAGAUCUAAGAAAUCUAUAAGCACAACAUUAGAUUCUUCAACUGGGAAAUGAGCCCGAUACUCACCCCGUACCCCGCCCAGUGUCACUGUGAGGGAUCUCUUCAGUGACUGUAUUACUUAUUCAUAAGCACACAUGUUGUAGAGCACAGUCUCGGCCACCACUCAGCUGCACAGAUGAGUGACCAGAGAGUAACCUAUGCAGAACUGAAUCUGGUUAAGGACACAAAGAGACAGCACAUGAAACCUAAGGGUACUAAAGGCUCCAUUCCAGGAACUGAGAAGGAACUAACCUACGCAGAAUUAAAUCUUCAAAAUGCUUCUCAGGAUCUUCCAGGGAGUGACAAGAAUGACCACUGUGGAGCAUCCUCAUCACCUCCAGAGAAGGUCAUUGCCGGGAUCCUAGGGGUCUUCUGCCUUGUGCUGAUGACCACUGUGGUAACAACAGCUGUUAUUCUCUCUAAUGUAAUACUGGUGCAGAAUAAUUCUUCUUUGACAACAGGGAACCAGAAAGCAUAUCAGUGUGGUCGAUGUCCACCAGAGUGGCUUAUAUAUUCCAACAACUGCUAUUACAUCAGCAUUGGAAAAAAAACAUGGAAUGAGAGUUUGAUGGCCUGUGCUUCUAAGAACUCUAACCUGCUCUACAUAGAUAAUGAAGAAGAAAUGAAUUUUUUGAACAUUUUUGAAAUACAUCCAUGGAUUGGACUGUCCCAGAGAAAUAAUACUAAUUCUUGGGUGUGGACAAUUGGCACAACUCUCUCUUCUGAACUAUUGGCAAAAACUUCAGAGUUGGACAAGAAUUGUGUAUUUUGGAAUUAUGACACACACACCUUCUAUUCUGAAUCCUGUCUAGAAAAGAGAACAUAUAUUUGUAAGCACCAGUCACAUUAGCUCACCUAAAUUUGGUAUAAUGUUAC